UGAAGCCUAGCGUGUUUGUGUAUUCGUGACCAGAGUUUUUUUGCAGAACGUAUUUGUAUUUUUUGUGUACAAUUUAAAGCCAUUUAGGCGCUCAAUAAUUGUUUAUUGCCUAGCAAUAGCAAAUUAUACAACAAUAGUUGCAUCAAAUCGAAGUGCAUUAAAGUGCGCGAAGCGUAAAUACGCAAUUCACGCAGCAAAAUUUGCCCAAUCUGGCUCGGGUGAAAUUUCAAUGAACUGAGAAAACAAAGACAGACGCACACACACUCUUACACAUACAGUGCGCAAUAGCAAGCAAUUAUUUACUUACAACAAAAAAAGAAGAGAAAAAAACUACAAUAUUAUACACAAAUCAAGGCAAACUUAUAAGCCUAAAACUAAAAUUUGUGCAAAGUUCGCUUAAGUGAGUGUGUGAUCGGCGGCCAUUUGUAGCGGAAAUUUUGUUCAUUUUUUUGCCACCGCAAGGCAUUAAAAAAUCCUUCGUUUCGUUACUUACUCCUACUCUACUUUCGGGUACACGGGUACGACGACGAAGACUACUACCAAUACCAGUACCGAAACGGAGAGACGAAUCAUAUAUGUAUAUACAUACAUAUAUGCAAUUUAUUUAGGGACGACACGGCGCGGAAAAAACCAAGCAACUAACCUCUUCCUCUCUCCGGAAUUGCCCUUUGCCAUCCUCACCAUCUCAACAUCAUCAUCAUCAUCCUUCUCUUUGGGUUGCGUCCCGUUUUAAUAUUUGCCGCCGCUUCCCUUGUGACUGUGUAUUUUAUUAUUCGUGUGUGUGAGUGAUUGCGAGAAAGAGAGAAACAUCGCGCCAAGAAAUAACUAAUCCUAACUUAGAGCUAACCUCUGGCUGCCUCAACUGGAACUGGCUGCAUUUGCUCCAGCUCCAAAUCCUGUUGCAGCUGACAACAAAUUGCCGAAAACGACAACGACGACGUCGCCUUGGAAUGUUAAAUGCGGUGAGAACGAAACGUUCAGUGUUGAGCCAAGUGCAAACGGAAACGGUAACGGAAGCCGAGCAAGCAUUCAAAGUGGAAGUGGACGGAGAAGAAGAAGUAAAAGGAGCAGCAGUAUCAUCUAACAUUAUUUUAGAUUAUGGCGAAUUUAAAUUUUCAACAACCCCCAAGAAGUAUAGCGAACGCGGCGUUAGCUGGUCGAACGACUGGCGGCAUAGGUGGUAACACUCUGGGUGGUCAUGUUAUAUUCCAAGCCGACUUUGCCAAUUCUUAUCCAGGGCCAGCGACUUAUGGGCAAACGCAGCAGCAGCAACAACAACAGCAGCAGCAGCAGCAACAACAACAACAGCAGCAGCAGCAACAACAACAGCAGCCGCAGCUAUCGCCGAAUCGUAAUGCGCAGCUAUCAGUUGGAGGUCCCGCCUUAUCAAGUGGCAAUCGCAAUGCGAAUCUAUUUGGCCAGCGACAGUUUGUCGAUCGGCGUGCGAUGCAAGGACUGGGAAGCGGACCUAUGUCCAAUAUGGGCAACUUUAUGCAGACGGGUCGCGGCGGCGGCGGCGGUGGGGGUGGCCCUUUAAACAAUUUCCAUGUAUUCGGUGGUGGAAGCGGCGCAGAUUCAUCUACACCUGCGCUGCUCGAUCCGACGGAAUUUCCAUCAUUGACGAAUGCGCGUGGUCAGAACGAUCAGUCACUGCCCCAAUCGAAUCCGCUCCAGCCGCCGGGCAGUAAACCCUAUGGUAAUUUCUUUACCUCUUUUGGCAUGGUGAAGCAACCCACGUCAGAGCAAUCGGAAUUCACGAUGUCAAAUGAGGACUUCCCUGCGUUACCGGGCACCCAAAACUCGGACGGCACAACAAACGCUGUGGGAAAUACUAGUAGCGGAGCUGGUGGUGUGACAGAAAAUCAUUUAGAUGGCACGGAAAAAGCAAUGAACUCGAUUGUGGUCAGCGGAGGAAGCGGUUCAGGUAGCACCAGUGGCUCCAGCGUCGGCGUUGUAGGCGGCAACGGUCUGGGUGCAGUGGGCAGUGGCCUCGGAGGUGUUGUUGUUGGUGGCAGCGGCGGCGGUAGUUCAUCCAGUGUUGCCAUCAGCGGGACACAUGUAGGAUUAGUGGGCAGCGGUAUGAACAGUGUAACCAGCACCAAUGCCAUGAUGGGUGUCGGCGGUGGCCUGGGCAGCGGGCCAGGUAGUGGGCCCGGCAGCGGAGGCGGUUGCGAGCAUCUGAACGAUAAUUCCAGCAAUGAUAAACUUGUGAAAAGCGGCGUUCAAACAUCGCCCGAUGGCAAGGUCACAAACAUACCAGCGAGCAUGGUGAACAAUCAGUUUGGCAUGGUGGGUCUACUCGCAUUCAUUCGAGCAGCUGAAACUGAUCCCAACUUGGUGACGUUAUCAUUGGGUACGGAUCUGACAGCUCUGGGUCUAAAUCUAAACUCACAAGAAAGUUUGCAUCCAACAUUCGCUGGACCAUUCGUGGAACAGCCCUGCAGAGCACAAGACGUUGAGUUCAACGUGCCACCCGAAUAUCUGAUCAAUUUUGCGAUUAGAGAUAAACUAACUGCUCCGGUACUGAAAAAAUUGCAGGAAGAUCUGCUAUUUUUCCUCUUUUACACAAAUAUCGGUGAUAUGAUGCAAUUAAUGGCAGCUGCUGAAUUGCAUAGUCGCGAAUGGCGGUAUCAUGUGGAGGAGAAAAUUUGGAUAACUCGAAUUCCUGGCAUUAAUCAAUAUGAAAAAAAUGGUACAAAAGAGCGUGGCACCUUCUACUACUUUGAUGCGCAAAGUUGGAAACGUUUGUCCAAGGUUUUCCAAAUAGAUGCCGAGAAAUUAGAUAAAUGUCCCAAUAUAAGUGCGUUUAUGAAUGGACAGUCUGUAUAAAAUUAAUAAAAAUGAAAAAAAAUGGAAAAAGAAUAA